AUGGAUGACAGUAAUGCGCCCUGUACAGUUUUGUUCAUGCGUGGCCAAACCCGAAAAUACCUAGCGGAGCUACUUGAAAGCAAGAGCAAGCUCGCAAAGCUUCAUCAGCAAAACCCAACACAUACGGCUGAGUACUUUCAGGGGCAGUGGGAUCGACAGCGUGCAUUGCAGCUGAAAGGCAUGAGUGUUGAGGCCAAAGAGAAACGAGAAUGGCUAGGGGUUUUGCUCCAACUUGAGGAGGAGCUACUAGAAGCACGGCAAGUCAAUGUUCCUCACCGCCAAAUCCGUCGAAUUAAGAAGCUUGUUGCUAUGAAUGCAGUCAAUGCGGCCAUACGAACUGCAGAACAGCGUCAUGAACUGUUGGACCUGCCCGCGUCACUGGUUGCCCUUGAAGUUCAAAUUCAAGCAGUUGCGGACAAACUUGGCAAUGCAGAACUAUUGAAUGCUCGGCGAGGCACUAGUGUCAGAGUGAAGGCUAUUCUUAGUGUCCAGGUUGCCUUAGGCUUCUUGUACGAGGCUGCCGUCGACGUUAUUCAGCAGAAGGCUGAUGCAGACAUCAGGACAGGUGCCACCCAGCAGCCACGUAAUGAACAACUCAGAAAGAAGAAACGUGUACUCCUCAAGAAGAAACUGGAGACUUAUUUGAGGCAAGCUUCUAAAUACAAUCGACAUCAUCGACCUACACCACGGCUACUGGAACCUACUUUGGACGAAGUAUUGGCUAUGGAUCUGCUCGAUCCUUUUUGGGAUGAAGUAGCGCUAGACCACCUCAAAGAGCCAUGGGCUUCGUGCGAGAGGACGAAGGAAGGUAUUGUAGCCUUUCGAAAUAAAGUGGCCUGUGAAGAAGAGCUGCAACGUCUAGGACGUGAGGUGAGGCAGCUCAUGGGUUGGGCACUGGACUAUCAAGCUCGUGUUGAUAGGACAAGGCCCAACGAAGCCUUUGGAGGUGUGCGAGUACCCGAGUGGAAGUCUAUCCACUCUGGUCUGAGUAAACGCACCAUUCGCCUAUGGGCACAUUGGGAUAGAGGCUUGAGAGAUGUUGUGGAAUCAACCAAAGACUACGUAUAUGGAAGGGUUGAAGCAGACGAUGCCUUACUACUGGGGUGGCAGCAAAUGCGCGCGCGUACCUCAGGAAGUGCGAUAGACAUAGGCAUGCUACCAAUUCGCUGGGAACCAAUUGAUGCAGACGAAGAGGCCGAGUACCGACGCGUCAUUGAGUUAGAGGAAGAUGAAGGGAAUCAUCUUGACUGGGAGUUGGCACUAGCUUAA